AGCUAGGACAUGAUCCCGUGAGACAUGACCAAAUCCACUUCAUGUCAAACAUGGUGACACUAAGCUGGAGCUUUAUCAGUAGCAGGAAGUGGAAGAUAAACUUACUUUCAUGUGGCAGAAGUUACACCGUGGAUUCGGGAUAACUCUGGAGUGUUUUUGGAGAAUAGAAGUUGAGGAGCAGCCAGAGGGGAGGAGCCCCGAAAGUUGAAGAGAGAUCCGGUCUGUACCACUUGAGAGAUCCGCCUAAGGGAGAGAAGAUCCGUGACACACUGGGGCUUGGAGCUGAGACACCUACACACUAUGGGCAAGAUGAAUUUGGAGGAAUACUUCAGAAGAAUUGGACUCCCUGGCUCACUUGACAAGCAGGAUCUUGCAACACUUACAUUAAUCCACAAACAGCACGUCAUGUCGAUUCCAUUUGAAAACCUCAGCAUCCACUGUGGAGAGAAGAUCACCUUGGACCUGGAGGUCAUCUUUGAAAAGCUGGUGAGGAGCAGCCGUGGGGGUUGGUGCAUGGAGAACAACCUCUUGUUUGGCUGGGUGCUGAGAGAAAUGGGCUAUGACACCACCACCUUGGGCGCCAGAGUCUUCAACAGUAUCAGCAAUGACUUUCCAACAACUGAAAGUCAUCUUGUUAAUAUGGUCACUAUUGAGGGACAGGCUUAUUUGGCAGAUGUAAGCUUUGGGGUGUCUUCCCAAAUAUGGGAGCCCCUGGAGCUCAUCUCAGGGAAAGACCAACCUCAGGCAGCGGGUGUCUUUCGUCUCAAAGACAGGGGGGACCUGUGGGUGCUGGAGAAGACUGGUAGAAAGCCUGAGGUUCUCAAUCCAGACUUUGCCAAAUCAAGUCUGGUGAACAGGAAGGAUAAAAAUCAGAUAUAUGGCUUCACCUUGAUGCAAAGAGAAAUAGAUAAUUUCUUUGAGACCAGCAACGACCUCCAGACAGACCCCACUUCACUGUUUACUAACAAGUCCAUCUGCUCUUUGCAAACCUCAACAGGAUUCAGAGCUUUAGUUGGUUGGACAUACAGUGAGGUCACCUACAAACCGGAGAAAGGGGUUGAUAUCAUAGACAUGAGAGACAUAACAGAUGAUGAGAUAGAACCAAUUCUGAGGGAGAAGUUCAACAUAAUACUGCAGAACAAAAUGCAGGCUGCUAAUAAAAAGGCAAGCUACACCAUCUGAAAAUCAAAAAAAUGUAAUGGGUAAAGGAAUUUGUGUAAAUAAAAUGUGAUUAAGAUUAUGAUUUGAUUAUGUCAAUCAAAUUUUAUGAUGUCAUGCAUGUAGUGCUUAGGCCCAGAUUUUGAGGUUAAGCAAUCAUAUUUUUGAGACAAAAAUUUGGGAAUUAGAACAACAUGAAUCUACACUCAGGGAAUGUUUGGUCUAAGAAUAGAGAAAUAGAAGCUUAUAAUUGUAACAACUGACUGAGUGAUAACAGUCAACAUGUCAAAGCAUUAACCAAUAAUGAUCAUUCUUUUAAUUCUUCUCACAUCAUGUAAACUGAAUAAAUAUAUUAUUAGUAGAGAUGUUCAGAUAUUGCCAUUUAUUUGGUGUAUUCACACUAAAUAAAAAGUUUGAACUGUCAAAA